CUCUAAUUCCUCGCCACCGCUCAAGUGCCAACCAUCUCUGUUCCCUAAGAAGCUCACCUCUGUUUGCUUGCCUUCAUCGAUCUCCGCGUCCUCCUCCUCUGGACCUUCAUCGUUUGUCCCACGGCGUCGGGGAUGGACCCGUCGGAGCUGAGGCGGGUCUUCCAGAUGUUCGACCGCGACGGGGACGGCCGCAUCACGAAGGCGGAGAUGAGCGGCUCGCUCCAGAACCUGGGCAUCCACGUCCCGGAGGUGGAGCUCGCGGCGAUGAUGGAGCGGAUCGACGCCAACGGGGACGGGUGCGUCGACAUGGAGGAGUUCGGGACGCUCUGCUGCAGCAUCAUGGACGAGCGGGACGAGGAGGAGGACAUGCGCGAGGCGUUCGACGUGUUCGACCGCAACGGGGACGGGUUCAUCACCGUGGAGGAGCUGCGGCUGGUGCUCGCCUCGCUCGGCCUCAAGCAAGGCAGGACCGCGGAGGACUGCAGGAAGAUGAUAAACGAGGUGGACGACGACCGGGAUGGGAUGGUGGACUUCAAGGAGUUUAAGCAGAUGAUGAAGGGGGGAGGAUUCGAAGGCUUGAGUUAGUAGCAUUGGCUGCCGUGGACGGAGAUGGAGAAGCUCUUUGUUACAUAGGGUUGUAGAUACUGAUCAGGAAAGAAUCUUCUUUAAGAAAGAAGACAACAACAAGAUCUUGAGCUUUUGGCUUCAUGUUGAUCUCUUCUUUGCUUAGAAGUGAAUCGAUUCAAUCUGAGUUCCUCACAAUCACCAAACUAAAGUGAUUCAUAUAAAAUUGCCCAGCUAACAAGAAGUGCCUUCAUCUCUAGCAUUUGGUUUGAUCCAUGGCAGACUGUACUGCCUUCUCAGAAGAACCAUGUGCACUAAAUGUGACAUGAGCUUUUCUUACUAGCAAUACAGAAAUCAUAACAUCCUUUUAUCAUGCAAUUGUUCAGAUCUCCAGUUGCAGUGAAAUCUGCAAACUAUAGGGCUCUAUGCAAUCUCACAGCUUCUACUUGA